GACUGUUAAUUUUGUUCUGUUAUUGGUUCAAGUAUUUUUCAACAUCAAACCAAACCUGCAUGGUGUAAGGUUUCAUCUCAAUAAAUAGAUUUAUUUCACCAAAAUAAAGAAAAUGUUCAAGAAGUAAUGGCACUCGAAGCGCUGACUGAGCUGUCAGGAAUGUCUUUGACAUCUGCUUGUACUCAAAGAAAUCAUCCAGAUGUGAAACUAGGAAAAUCUGCAAAUGAGGAGACUGUGAAUGACAUAGAUUCUCUGCAGCAAUUUUCGAGCUGUACAGCUUGUAACCAAAAAUACGAGACGGCAGCACUGAUCCUGCCGUGCUCUCACGCCAUGUGCAGUCACUGUGUAUCUGCUGGAGAGAGUUUAAUACGCAGAGGCAGCAUCCUCCCUGUGUGCGCCGUGCAGUGCCCCUGCUGUCGACAUCCUGUAGAGCUGCCAUGUUGGUCCUGGGCAACUGCUGCUUCCUGUCUCCCAAAAUAUCUGACCAGAAACUCAAUCAUUGGAAAAGUGGGGAGAACCAAGGUGAAAGCAUCUGACCCUUUCCAAAAAGUUCAGGGGAGCACUACUUGCUGUGAUGUUGAUCUGACAGCACAAGAAUCCUCUCCUGUCAGUUCCUUAUUAGUACCAGCUGAUGGCACUAUAGACCUGCAAGAGGAGCAAAUGGAGCAGUCUGUCUGUGGACUGCGUUUUAGUCUGGACCCCUCAAAUAUACCUCCAUCCCUCCAUCUGUCCAACUCUUUCCUCACUGUCACCUACCAAGCAGAGAGCCUUCUGAUUUCACCUAAAGCCAACUGGGUCGAUAGGUCAAGAGUGACCUUUGAGCCAAAGGUCGCACUUGAUCUCCCUCAGGUGUAUGCUGAUGUUGUCAUUGCAGUGGGACAGUAUUACUGGGAAGUGGAUGUAUUUAACAGUUCCAUCUACAGAGUCGGUGUGAGCUCACUGGAUUGUUCUACAGGCUGGUGGCUCGAAAGACAGGGGUUGUCUUUUUGUGCAGUGUAUGAUGGUUUCUGGGAGCCGCUCUGCAUGGUCCCGCCACAGAUCAAAACCAUUGGAGUUUUCCUCAACAUUGGAGGUUGUGUCCUGAGCUUCCAUAAUCCUGUCACUCAGGAGCACCUAGUGACACUGCCGACCCGUUUCAGCCCUGCUGGAGUAGUCCCAGCUCUGGGGCUAGGCCAGGGCAGGUUGAAGCUGCGCUGUGGCCUUCCUCCUCCUCCCCACGUCUUCCUCAGUAAAGACUCAGACUACAGGAGGCCCCGUGGAGCCCGUGGAGGUCAGUGGCGGAAGGAAAUUCCCUUCCGUUCAGUGAAGAAGGUCAUACAGAAGUUUGAGGAGCUGGCAACAUCAGACUCAGACUUUAGCCUGGUGUCCAGUUUUGGAUCAUCCUGCUCCAUCUUGGCCCCCUUUCCAGAACUUGGCAUGUCAGGAGGGAUGUUUCAGUCUGAGCAACCGAAAUCAGGAAAAUGAAUAAAAAGAGCUCCUUAAACUUUCUCCUCAAUGGGACAAUCCAAAAACAAAUGUACCCACCACUCCUGUGACUAGUCUGAUCUUCAGAUGUGAUUUGAAAGGCAAAUUUUUCAUCUUGAAGAACUUUUGACUGCCUCCUUCCACUCUCGGCGUGACCCCCAGACCUAUAAUUGACUCUCCCCAGGAAGCAGAGCUUUCUCUCAACCAAACAACCCCCACUGCUUUGGGAUCGGGCCAGCAAACAUUCUCUAUGACAUGUGUGAGGAAAGGGUGGGCAUUCCGGUAGGGGUCCCACACUGGUGUGCAGGAUGUGUGUGCAUGUAAGUUAGCGCUUGGCGUUUGCUCAGUCGCUCAUGCAUUUCGCUGUGAGUGCGAGCAGGCGGGAACAAUGUAAAGCAGCGGGAGGUGAGCUGACAAGCUGUGUGUACAGUGACACCGGCGGUGUUGACACAGAGCAGCGAGGACAGGUGGUAACAUGUGUUUGUCCCGCAGCCUGCUCCCGAUAGGACAGUAGGCUGCCCUUUCCUGACCCUUUGAAAACCACAGGAUUCCAAAGACUUCAAAAGGAGUGGCACAGAAAGAGAAAA